AUGGCAACGUUCGGCACUGCGUCUGCCCCUGCAAAUACAAAUCCCAAUCGUUCUACUGAGGUGGUGCAACCUCCAAGUGAUUCUGUGUCAAGCCUUUGUUUCAGUCCCAAGGCAAAUAUACUGGUUGCAACUUCGUGGGAUAAUCAGGUACGAUGUUGGGAGAUAAUUAAAUCUGGAACUUCGCUCAGUACUGUGCCUAAAGCAUCGAUAUCACAUGAGCAGCCGGUGUUAUGCUCAACUUGGAAGGAUGAUGGGACAACCGUCUUCUCUGGAGGCUGUGACAAGCAAGUUAAGAUGUGGCCAUUGUUGUCUGGUGGCCAACCUGUAACAGUGGCCAUGCAUGAUGCUCCUAUCAAAGAAAUUGCUUGGGUCCCUGAAAUGAGUCUCUUAGUAACUGGAAGUUGGGAUAAGACCCUAAGGUAUUGGGAUUUGAGACAACCAAAUCCAGCUCAUGUCCAACAACUUCCUGAGCGCUGCUAUGCACUUACAGUCAGACACCCUCUUAUGGUUGUUGGCACUGCUGAUAGAAAUCUUAUAGUUUUCAACUUGCAGAACCCUCAGACUGAGUUCAAGAGAGUUAUGUCACCCUUGAAGUACCAGACAAGGUGUUUAGCUGCUUUCCCAGAUCAGCAAGGUUUCUUAGUUGGCUCAAUUGAAGGAAGAGUUGGGGUACACCAUAUUGAUGAUUCACAACAAAGUAAAAACUUUACUUUCAAAUGCCAUAGAGAAGGCAAUGACAUUUACUCUGUCAACUCGUUGGAUUUCCACCCUAUACAUCACACAUUUGCAACAUCUGGAUCUGAUGGAGCCUUCAACUUCUGGGACAAAGACAGCAAACAGAGGCUUAAGGCUAUGGCAAGGUGCGGUCAGCCUAUACCUUCCAGCGCUUUCAACAAUGAUGGCUCCAUUUUUGCAUAUUCGGUCUGUUAUGAUUGGAGCAAGGGUGCAGAAAAUCACAACCCUGCAACAGCAAAAACAUACAUUUACCUGCAUGUGCCACAGGAGUCUGAAGUCAAAAGCAAACCAAGGAUUGGAGCCGGUGGUAGAAAGUAG